AUGACGACUCAGACGACUCAGAAGACGAUGAUUUCUUCCACCGAUUUGGAGCAAAAAGCAACGCAACAGGACGACCUGUACGUCGCUUUAAAAAAACAAAUCUGGUCGGAGAGAUACCAGACGUUUAAAAGUUCCUUCGCGUGUAAGAUGAUGUUAUUUUUCUCAAUCGCAUCUUUACUUCUCUUGUCCGGGAAAGAAUCGGUCGCGUCGGUGAAAACGAGGAAAGGGUUAGCCGGCGGGUUAUCCUUACCGUUCACGAGAGUGGAAAUAGACGACGGGCAAACGCAAUGGACGACGGAACGGAUGUGCCGACACUUUUCGGUGGAAAACCCGAGCGAGAUCACGAUUGCGUUUCGGAUUAACGGGGAAGUGAUGUUGAGGGAAGCGAUGCAGUUGGAAGGGGUGAACGUGAUCAACGUGGACGUGGCGUAUUCGGAAAUCACGGUGUCGAAUAAAAUCGGGAACAGGAAGAUUGGGCAUCAGAAAAUUGGGAAGGAUAAGACGUACGCGGUGCCGGUGGUGUCGCAUUCGGCGUAUAGGAGUUCGUCGUUUACGUUCGACGACUUCUUGGCGACGUUUGUGAAGUUGAACGCCAAUCUCGGGAAAGGGUUAAUGGUGACGUUUAGAGAUCCUCGGGCGGUAGUGCCGACGUUGAGCUUGUUGAGCGAGGAGUAUAAGUACGAACGGAUUAAAGGACCUUUGAUUGUUGGCGGGGAGGUGUUGCCUGGUCCAGGCGGGUUUCGGCCGCAGAUGGGGAGCGUUUUGAGAGUGUCGCCGUACGAGGUGAAUUUGAGGGAAGCGGACGUGAGAGAUCCGCCGAUCCCGAGCGCUAAAGUGACGUACGGGAGGAACGAACAAACUGGACAGAUUGAAAAGCAAGGCGAGGAUCGCUACGAUAACUUGUUGGUACCGUUUCACCCGUCGGCGUUUGUGGAUAAAGUGAAAACCUUUGUGCCCGGGGCGAUUUUGUCCAUUGGAUGGUCCGCGCACGGCGGGUGCGUGGAUAAGGAAAACAUCGGCGCUUCAAGAACGGAUUUGGACGGCUUGGAUGCUAUCGACGAAGACUUGACGAGGUUGACCAAAGGUAUGAAGAAGAUUGAUCUCAGCGCGGCGUUGUAUGACUACAACGUGAACGAAAAGGCGUUGGAGUACGAGCCGCAAAGAACGUUGACGGAUGCGAUGGUGGACGAUGCUUUCGAGUUGGUUAAAUAUUGGAAAGGAGACGUGAUAUUCGACGUGCCCGGGUGUAUUAUUGGCGGCGACAUUCGCGCGCGUUUCGAUGGUUCGGAACCGCCGCAUAAGCGUUUGGUGAGGAAAAAGUUAGGCUACGGAGUUAUGAUUCACGGCGUCGUUGACGGUAACUUACGAAACGUGCUCAAAAAUCGCGAGUUUAAGUUUAGUUUAGACCCUUCGAACACGUUCAGCGGCGACGCGAUGGACGAGAGAGGGAAUCCAAUCGUGCAAGGGUUGUUGGCGAAAGGUGGCCCGCCAAAGUUUCGCGAAGGGCAAGUUUUAGGCAAAUACACGGGGAAAACGUGGGGAACGUACGCCAAGAACACGGAUUGGAAGACGAACGGUUGGCCAUAG